UCGAAAGAUCAGUUUGCCAACUGCCGCGGACUGAAUUGCACGGAGUCCAAUAGAGGAAAUAGUUUCACCACAGCGACAUGGACUUAGCCGGCAAAAAUGUGGUUUACCUUGGCGGAUUCGGAGGCAUAGGCCAAAAAUGUGUGCAAGAACUGCUCCAGCGACAACUUAAGGCACUGGCCAUUUUCGAUCUGGAUGCUAAUGAGAAGCUCUUGGCUGAGUGGAAAGACCAGCAUCCCGAUACGGAUAUAUUCUACCAAAAGCUGGACAUAACCCAGAAAUCGGAUAUAGCGGCGGCUUACAAGGCAACCGCCGAGAGAUUUCGACACUUUGAUGUGGUGGUCAAUGGCAGUGGACUGAUGAACGAUCGUUUGGUCGAACUCACUAUUCAGAUUAACCUGCUGGGUGUUAUCAACAGCACUUUGACCGCCUUGGAGUACAUGGAUAAGGCCAAGGGUGGAAACGGUGGACUCAUAGUUAACAUAUCCUCGGUGGCUGGACUCCAGCCCACUGCUAUAAUGGCCAUCUACUCGGCGGCCAAGACGGGCGUUACCACAUUUACCAGGGCCAUGGCUAACCCCUUCUUUUAUGCCCACUCUGGAGUAGGCUUCAUUACCAUUUGUCCGGGAUUCACGAACACCGGACUCCUAGAGGAUAUCGGCAAGAAGACAACAUUCACUUACGACACUCCCAUGCUGGACAUGUUCCACCGGGUGAAGCGACAGUCGGCCGAGGAGUGUGCCAGGAACUUGGUCUCAGCCAUAGAGACAUCAAAAAAUGGAGCAGUUCUAAUGCUGGAGCUGGGUGAGACAACUGAGGUGGACAUGCCAGUCAUGUGGAAGCCCCAGAUGGAUAAUUAAUACCGCUUUAUUGCUUCUUAUGUGUAUGCAUAGAUAUAUAAUCUCUUUGAAGUUGUCGAUUUCAAAAUAAAAUGUUAUCAGUUAAUAAA